CUCACGUGUGUCUUCACAACGGCCUCGAGCUGGAGUCAGCCAAUCAGACGUGAAUACCGGAGCUCCAGGUCAGCAUCGAAGGUUUCCUGGCGUGUUUGCUCGCGCUCCGAACUUCUCGACGAGGAGGCCCAGAGACAACAUGGGGAAGCUCAAUUUCUAUGUCCUCUGGUCUCUGCGUGACGCUCCCCGGCAGUUCAGCAGCAAGGCCAACCGACGGUGCUUUCAGGUCCACGUCCCACUGCCUCUUCCCAAACACCUGGUUAUAUUUGGCCUUGGAGAAUGGAAAUGCAGUGAAACGACGAUAUCUGUAAAUGUUGUGGUCAGUGCACAAGUGCCAGCCCAGAAAAUCGGGACCCUGUCUUCACAAGCAAGGUGCCUGACCUGGGAGGGUGACUGGAGCGAUGACAUUGUCACAGAGGCAGCAGAGAAGGGCAGGAGAGGAGUUUAUGGCAAGAUUGUGCUCACAAUGUGUGGAGAGCUGCAGGAUAAAGCCAGUGUCUUCAGCAGUACUCCUCUGGUUCAAAGGAAGUGCUUGUUCCCAGAACAACACAACGCCACUGAUCUCUCUAAUCGCACAUUACAAAGCACUGCAAAUGAAACGAUAACUACCGACACCUCACAUUUGGGUGACAGUGUCUGCUAUGCUGAGAUCCAAGUAAAUAAAAUACACACCAGUGAGACCACCAUGGGAAAUAAGCCCCCAGUUUGGCCUACGAUAGCUACCAACGCCUCGCAGAUAAUUGCCGACACCUCGCACUUGGGUGAUAGUGUUUUCUGUGCUGAGAUCCAAGUAAAUAAAAUGGACACCAGUGACUCCACCAUGGGGAAUAAGCCCCCAGUUUGGCCUACGCCUAAGACACCCAGACGGACAGUUAUUAGCAAGAGAGGCCACCUGACCUGGAGCUCCGAGGACAUAGACCAGGCUUCAACACCUAAGAAAAUGAGGAUGAACAGCCACGAUGAAAUGACAGGGCAGAUAAAGAAUUACAACAGAGAAGUUUCAGUGUGUCCAUCAAAGCGCUGGAGCCACACGAUGUGUCUCAGUGAUCCAGACACAGCCAUCCUCAUUGGAGGAGAGACAGCGGAUCAAACCUACUGCCGGGACUCCCUGUGGAAGCUCGAGUUAGACAACGACUUCUGGUUUCCCAUGAAUUCCUCUGCUUCUGAACCCAUACCCCCAUGUGCUCGAGGACACUCUGCGACCUAUGACACAGACUCCAAGUGUGUCUUCGUUUACGGAGGCCUGAGGGAGGGUCAUCGCUACAGCGAGCUGUACAUCCUCAGUACUCUGACCUGGAAGUGGAAGCUUGUCACUGCAAAAGGAAAUGUUCCAAAUUUGGCAUAUCAUUCUGCAGCGUUUUAUAAGAGAGAACUUUUUGUCUUCGGUGGAGUUCAGCAGAGCCAUUCCUCUGGGGAAAAACCCUGCAGUAAUGCUCUGUACAUCUUCAACCCAGAGUUUGAACUCUGGUACCAGCCAAUUGUGGAGGGGGAAAGACCUCUUCCUCGGUUUGGACACUCAGCCACACUGAUGUCGCAGAAGUUGGUAAUAUUUGGUGGACGGAAGACUGCUACCUAUCUUAAUGAUCUCCACGUUCUAGAUCUGGGAUUCAUGGAGUACACAGCUGUGAAGUGUGGGAACAUGCCACCGCUGCCUCGAGGACUUGUGGGACCAGACAAAUGUCAGCCAUGGAAAUCUAAAAGAGGCUGUAUCCCGGAGGCAAUGAGGUCACUUAUCAUCCGAACCUGGGCACGUUUCUUCGGAUCUGCUGGAAGAAGCCGAGGUCCUGGCCUAGUCUCAUCGAUGUACUGGAUCACUGCCAGCUGUGUCCCACUUAAAGUUGGCCGCUUGUGCUACUCCUCCUCAGUGCCUACCACCAAGCUAUUUAUUGAUGGGAAGUUUGUUGAAUCGAAGUCUUCAGAAUGGCUUGAUAUUCACAACCCUGCUACAAACGAGGUGAUCUCUCGUGUACCCAAAGCCACCCAGGAGGAGAUGUUGGCUGCCGUGGACUCGUGCUCCAGAGCCUAUCGCUCCUGGUCAGAGACCUCCAUCUUGGCUCGACAGCAGGUCUUUCUUCGCUAUCAGCAACUUAUCAAGGACAACAUUAAAGAACUUGCCAAGUCCAUCACAGUGGAACAAGGCAAGACCCUUGCAGAUGCAGAGGGGGAUGUGUUCAGAGGAUUGCAGGUUGUAGAGCAUGCCUGCAGCAUCACCUCUCUGAUGCUUGGUGAGACCAUGCCCUCCGUCACCAAGGACAUGGACAUCUACAGCUACCGCCUGCCUCUUGGAGUGUGUGCUGGCAUUGCUCCCUUCAACUUCCCUGCCAUGAUCCCUCUAUGGAUGUUCCCAAUGGCCAUGGUGUGUGGCAACACCUAUCUACUGAAGCCGUCGGAGCGGGUGCCAGCCUGUGCCAUGCUGCUGGUCAAGAUGCUGCAGGAUGCCGGUGCUCCAGAUGGGUCACUCAAUGUUAUCCACGGCCAACACGAUGCGGUGAAUUUCAUCUGUGACCAUCCCGCCAUCAAGGCCAUCAGCUUUGUGGGUUCAAAUCAAGCUGGGGAGUAUAUCUACGAGAGGGGCUCUAAAAAUGGCAAGAGAGUCCAGUCGAACAUGGGAGCCAAAAACCAUGGUGUGGUGAUGCCUGAUGCCAACAAGGAGAACACUCUGAACCAGCUUGUGGGUGCAGCGUUCGGGGCAGCGGGACAGCGUUGCAUGGCUCUGUCCACCGCUAUCCUGGUGGGCGAAGCACGGAGCUGGCUGCCGGAGCUGGUGGAGCGAUCCAAAGCUCUGCGCGUCAACGCAGGAGACCAGCCUGGUGCAGACGUGGGGCCUCUGAUCUCUCCCCAGGCCAAGAACAGAGUCUGCAGUCUUAUCCAGAGUGGGCUGGAUGAGGGAGCUACGAUACUCCUGGAUGGCCGAAAUGUCAACGUAAAGGGCUACGAGCAUGGCAACUUCGUUGGUCCAACCAUUAUCAGUAAUGUCAAACCUGACAUGAAGUGCUACACAGAAGAGAUCUUUGGGCCUGUGUUGGUUGUCCUAGAGGCAGACACUCUGGAUGAUGCUAUCAGUUUGGUCAACAGGAACCCCUAUGGCAACGGCACAGCUAUCUUCACCACAAAUGGCGCCACUGCACGCAAAUACACGCAUGAGGUGGAUGUUGGCCAGAUCGGAGUCAAUGUUCCCAUCCCGGUCCCACUGCCUAUGUUCUCCUUCACUGGAUCAAGAGGAUCCUUCAGAGGGGACACGAACUUCUACGGAAAACAAGGCAUCCAGUUCUACACACAAAUCAAAACUGUAACUUCACAAUGGAAAGCUGAAGAUGCCACCUUGAAAAGUCCAGCAGUUACCAUGCCAACAAUGGGACGCUAAAAACUCAGCGCUGUUGUUCAGUCAGAUAAACAAGACGCACUUCUUUCACAUAGGAAACUAUAUUUUUAAAGAUUUUAUAUUAGAUUCUUAAAAAUAAAAAUCUGUACAGAUGAGGAAAUAUUGUUGGAUCAAUGUAAAAUACACCAAUGUUGAAACACCUGACUCAGUGUAGUGUCUGUAAUCCCUAUGAAUGAAGGUUUCCAUGGA